ACAUUUUUAUACAUGUGCUCCAUACAUACGAAACAAAUGUAUUGUUUGUAUAAAUAAAAUAUAUAUUUUAAAAUAUAAAUAAAUUAUUGUAAUUCAUUAAUAAAUUAUAGGCAAGAUGCAAGCUUCUUGUCCGAAUAAUGUGAAAAUUUAUAACUUGAGUGUGGGCAAGUCUCUACCCGAGUGGUUGUCCGAAAGAAAAAAACGAAAUCUAAUAAAGAAAAAUGUUGAUAUAAGACGUCGUAUAGAACUUAUACAAGACUUUGAUAUGCCUGAAGUUAGUACAUCCAUUAAGGUUUCAAAGGAUGGACAGUAUAUUUUAGCAACUGGAAUUUAUAAGCCACGUGUCAAGUGCUUUGAUGUUAACAAUUUAUCAUUAAAGUUUGAAAGAUGUUUUGACUCUGAAGUAAUCACGUUUGAAGUACUAUCAAAUGAUUAUAGCAAGAUUGUAUUUUUACAAUGUGAUAGGAACAUUGAAUUUCAUGCUGCUCAUGGCAAAUAUCAUAGACUCAGAAUACCUCGAUUUGGUAGGGAUUUAAAGUAUCAUUAUCCAUCUUGUGAUCUUUUUGUUGUAGGUGUUAGUAAUGAAAUCUACAGAAUAAAUUUAGAAAGAGGACAAUUUUUACAAUCGUUUGAAUCGGAGGCAUCUGCAUUAAAUAAGUGUGAAAUAAAUCCAUUGCAUCACUUACUUGUAGUUGGUACACAGGAUGGAAAAAUAGAAGCAUGGGAUCCACGAACAAAAAAUAGAGUGGGUGUAUUGGAUUGUGCAUUGCAUUAUGUACUUCAGAAUGAUAGAUUGAAUGCAGUUCCUUCCAUUACUGCUCUGAAAUUUCAAGGUGGCUUAACCUUAGGUGUAGGUACAUCUAAUGGAAAAGUCUUAUUAUAUGAUGUUAGGUCAUCUAAACCAUUUUUAUCCAAAGAUCAUGGAUAUGGUUUACCUAUUAAAAGUAUUGAAUUCCAUGAAAAGAUAGAUGUUAUUUAUUCUAUGGAUAGUUCUAUUAUAAAGAUAUGGGAAAAAGAAAAUGGAAAAUUAUAUACAUCCAUAGAAGCGGAAAACUAUUUUAAUGAUUUAUGUGUCAUACCAAAUAGUGGAAUGGUUUUAAUAGCAAAUGAAAAUACUAAAAUUCAAACAUACUAUAUUCCUAGUCUUGGACCAGCACCUUAUUGGUGUAGUUUUCUAGACAAUCUUACAGAAGAAUUAGAAGAAUUAAAUUAUGAUAUUAUUUAUGAUGAUUAUAAGUUUAUUACUGAAAAAGAAUUAGAUGAAUUAGGCCUUUCUCAUCUAAAAGGCACUAAUUUACUUCGAGCCUAUAUGCAUGGUUACUUUAUAGAUAUCCGUUUGUACAGAAAAACUAGAAAUGUAAUUAAACCAUUCGAAUUUGAAGAAUAUAAGAAAAAGAAGAUACGUCAAAAAAUACUAGAGACAUGUGGUAGUAGAAUACAAGUUCAAGAAUUGCCUAGUGUUAACAAAGAGCUGGCUUUAAAAUUAAUGGAGAAUGAAAUGAAUAAAAAUUUUAAAAAGAAGAAGAGAAUUACAUCUAAUAUUUUAAAAGAUGAACGUUUCAAACCAUUAUUUAAUAAUCCAGAUUUUCAAAUUGAUAAAAAUUCUGAAGAAUAUGCAUUAUUAAAUCCUGUUAUCUCACAACUUGAGAAAAGCAAGGCAAAAAAAAUGAAAGCUAUAAUAGAACAGCAAGAGCAAUUGAAAAGCGAAGAUUAUUUGUAUAACAUUGAAAAUGAAGAUAGAAAUUCUAGUUCAGAUGAGAGCUUCAUACACGAAGAUAGUUCAGAUGAUGAAAAGACAUGGGUGAAAGAUAUACGGAAACAAUAUCGAUUAAUAAAGAGAAAUCGACAAAAAGAAGAAGAAAACAAUGAAAAGUCAAAUAAUAAUAUGAAAAUACUAAAUAAUCAACCAAAUCUUUAUGAAAUUAAGGAAGAUGUAGAAUUUAAAGAAGCAAAACCUGUUGCGAGUAAACGAAAUAAAUUCACUUUAGGAAAACGAUUACAAAACGAACAAAUGCAUAAUUUAAAUGUGUCUGGAUCACGUGGUAGUAGAAAAAUGACAUUUAUUAUUGGAAAAGUGUAUUCCAAUAAUGAAUCAAAAAAUGGAAAAGACUUGCCUCAUCAAAAUCAUGAAGAAACAAUACAUACAUCUACACCUUCUAUUUUAUCAGAAUUGCAGAUACAUAGUACUGAAGUAGGAGAAAUUGCAGAAAUGCCAAAUUAUGAACAUUUGAGUACAUCAGCGGUUUUACAUUAUUGUAAACAUAAGAUAUUAAGGCCUUAUCUAAGAUUAUUAGGUGUUAUGGGAUUAAGACCAACAAGCAGUGAUGAAAUUGAUCACUUUUCACGUUAUUGUAUUUUAGCUAAUUUUCAUACUUUUCAAGUCGCUGUAUUUAUGUGCAUCGGUUAUAUUUUACAAUAUAUGGCAUGCUUCAGGAGAGAUAGAGGAUUUUGUUAUAAACUAUUACCACUGGAAUUACAAAUUGUACCAAAUGUUAGUAAAGAACCUAUGCAUGAAUCAGUUUGCUUUGGAAAUGUUAUAUUCAGUCAUAUAAUUCCUAGUUUACUUCAUUUAAUUGCAUACUUAUACACUGUAUAUCUAUUUCGUAUUAAAGAACACGAGCAAUUACAAAAUCUAAUGGAACGGGCGUUUCUCUUAUCUUCUAAUCCAAUUCAUAGAGGAAAUCAAAAAAGACUCGUACGAAUAUUGUGGUUUUUUAUAGCUUUAAGUGUAGUAUGGAUGAUAAUAGCAUUAAUUACAGUAAACAUAAUGAUGGCACAAGGAGUUAUUUUUUUUCAAUGGCUGGAACAUAGUCCAUAUCAAGUUAAGAUUCUUUUAAAAAUACUUUUAAUUAUAUGCACACUAUGGCAUGACAUGGUGCAAGGAACAAUCAUAACAAGUUAUUGUCUGCAAGGCCAGCUUUUAAUUGCACAUCUUUAUUUUCUUAGAGGAAAGUUACUUCAACAUAUACUACCUCCGAUAGAUUGGAUGAAGGAAAUAAGUGAAUUUAAAAAAUUGUUGAAAUAUUUUAACAAUGAUAUGGGACCUGCUGUUUCCAUUUAUACGGUUAUAAAUCUAUCAUGGGCAACUGCUGGAACUAUUUGGCUGUUGCAAUACAAUGAUGAUGAAACAGAAAAUAAUUCAGUCACAUGCAUUAGUAUAAUAAAUGUAGUAUUAUGGAUAUUGAUAUCGAUAGUUCCAUUUAUCCAGGCAGCUAGAUUAACUACUGCUUGUUCUAUGAUACAAAGUAUUGGUCAUGAAGUACGUAUCCGACCAUUUGUUUAUGAAAGUACACCAGGAGAAGAUUUGGACACUAUACUUUUAUAUACCUCCUCAUUAAAAAUGUGUGCUAGAUUGUUUAGAAUACCAGUGACAGGUAGGUAUUUGUGCCUGCUUUUAACUGUUGCUAGUAUUACUAUACUUACAUUAGGUCAAUGUCAAAUCUUAUAAUAUCAUUUUUUAAAUAAAUUAAUCUUCAUUAUA